GGACAAAUGUGAAUUUCGCAUACUCCCUGUAAUGUUCGUGUUUUCCCUGAUUCAAAAUUCUUCCUUAUUCAAACCAUUCCUCAAUCCCGGAAAGACCCAUUUUUUGUUAUUCAACAUUGAACCCUAUAUCUCCGGUACCAACUAUGUUCAUGUUCCUGCAAAUAUAGGUAUACAUACACGCCUGAGUCGCCUGACUGCUUGAUAAGGUAUAUGAAUGUAUAAAUAAAUAUCAGAUUUACAUAUGGACACUAAUUAUACAGCUGUUCCUCCCAAGGAUGUAUUCGUCGAAUUACAGCUGAAAGAAGGAGAUUUUGAAUCCGACAUACCUCAAGAAAACGGGUAUACUGAAAAGGUCAACGCAGACGAUCUGGAAUUAGAUGAUGGCAUAGAUUUAGACAAUUUGCCCCUUAUUUUCGGUGAUGGAAAUAAACCCGGAUCAGGAAUACACGGGGCUAUUUUCAAUCUCACAACAACCAUCGUUGGGGCGGGGAUUAUGGCACUGCCAGCAGCAAUGAAAGUCCUGGGUUUUAUUUUAGGGUUUGUUCUGAUAAUCCUAAUUGGCAUCUUAUCUGAAAUGAGUGUUGAAUUGCUUAUACGUUUCUCUGUUCAGUGCAAUGUGACAUCUUAUGGGGAAGUGGUUCAUGCAGCUUUGGGUAAGACAGCUAGGAUGUUAUCUGAGACUUGUAUAAUUGUUAACAAUGCAGGUGUGUUGGUUGUUUACCUUAUUAUAAUAGGAGAUGUUAUGUCUGGUUCUGUUCACCACAUUGGUGUUCUUGAUCAAUGGUUAGGUCAAGGUUUCUGGGAUCAUAGGAAGUUUGUGGUUUUGAUCUUUUUGAUUUUCUUCCUUGCACCACUUUGCGCGUUGGACAAGAUCGAUUCUUUAAGCUUAACAUCGGGAGCUUCCGUGGCCCUUGCUGUGAUAUUCGUUAUUGUUUCUUUUGUCAUUGCCUUCGUUAAGCUUGUUGAGGGGACUAUUGAAAUCCCUAGAAUGGCCCCGGAUUUCGGGUCCACCAACGCAAUCUUGGAUUUGUUCGUCGUGAUUCCUAUAAUGUCCAAUGCUUAUGUGUGUCACUUUAAUGUGCUGCCUAUUUAUAAUGAGUUAGAAGAGCGGUCUCCUGAGAAAAUGUAUCGGGUUGGGAGGGUCACAACUGUCAUCUGUGUCCUUGUGUAUGUUUCAACUGCUGUGUCGGGGUAUUUGCUCUUUGGGAAAGAGACUGAAUCGGAUGUAUUGACUAACUUCGAUAAAGACCUUGGGAUACCAUUCAGUGCGGCUCUAACGUACAUUGUCCGCAUGGGGUAUGUCUUCCACUUGAUCCUUGUAUUCCCCGUGAUUCAUUUCUCACUAAGGCAAGCCGUUGACGCGUUAUUCUUUAAGGAUUAUGCUCCACUCACUGAGAGUCGAAGGAGGUGUUUGGCUUUGACUGUGGUUCUCUUAGGCCUUGUGUAUUUGAGUUCAACGAUGGUUCCUAACAUUUGGACUGUGUUCAAGUUCACAGGAGCCACCACAGCCGUCUCUUUGGGAUUUACCUUCCCAUCUCUCAUAGCGCUACAGCUUAGCAAAGAAGGGAACAGGUUGAGCAAAGGGGAGAGAAAAUUAUGUUGGCUCAUGCUGGUACUGUCCAUUAUGGUGAGCAUUUUGGGAGUGUGUGGCAACGUUUAUAGCAUCGAGAAGCUAAGCUAGUCGCCACAUCGUUUGUUCAUCAUACAAUAAUAGAAUGGUUGAUCAUGUGGAAAAGUGAAUCUCUAGCUAGCCCACCACGUGCUGAGUGUGUGCCCUCCAUCCAAGCAGUUAUAAUCCGUUAUUAUCUCCAUAUAUUAUUCCUGUAUUGUUGGAGCAGGUAGUUUUAUAUAUUUAUUGUUGGUUUUUGAUAUAUCUGCUUUGGCUUUUUUUUUCCCACAGCCAAAUGGGUUACAUGGUACGACAAGAUAUACCAAAGUUGUAAUUUUGCCACUGUGGUAGUCCCAUAUCACAAGUUCACAUCUUGGAUUUGCAGGCGUUAUAUAAUCUCUGUUAUAUUUUA